CAAAUGGAUCUGCUGAUGGCAAUCUGCACAAUUCUCCUCCUGAGGAGUUGCACUACUUUAUGACUCCAGUCAUCAAUAUUAACACGAUUGUGCUGGACUUCACACCUGUAAACUUUGUAGAUUCUGUUGGAGUCAAAACACUUAAGACUAUUAUUAAAGAAUACAAAGAAAUUGGGGUUGAUAUCAUCCUCUCUGGCUGCAAUGGGCUGGUUGUACAAGAUCUAACCAGGUUGAAUUUCUUUGAUAAGAGUAUAAGAAGAGACAUCAUUUUUCACAGUAUUCAUGAUGCUGUUAUCCAGUGCAAAUUUAGAGCUUCAUCCCUGGCUCUCACAUCUUCAGAAGAGCAGGUCUUGAGCUCUGACACCCCAAGCCAGUUCUGA